AUGUCUCUCCCCACACAAUCCCGAUUCCUCUCCAGCCUGACGGGGCCAUCAACCCCCGUCCCAGCAGACUGGACCUGCGCAAUCUGCCUGAGAAGCAGCGCAGAUGUGGUCGUCGCCCACGGCGACCAACACACCUACUGCCGCGAGUGCCUCGCGACCUGGCUGCAGGAGAACAACACCUGCCCGGACUGCCGGGAGGUGCUCUUCCACCCCCUGCCCCUCCCCGUCUCCGCCCCCGUCCCCGCCUCUCCUCGCCAGACCACGGCCGCAGAGCGCCGUCUGGACACCUACCAGCUGCGCCAGGUGCAGGGAUGGGGGUACUACCUGGAGCUGCUGGGGAGUGAAGAUCGCGCUCCGGGCCUAGUGAGCCUCUAUCUCGAGGAGAUGCUGCGGAGGCUCAACCACCGCUGGGAGAUGUAUCACUCCGGCAGACUGGAGAUGAACCUCCGCUACAGGCGCCCAGCAGCCGCACGUGGGGUCAUCUUGCGAAGAACGCCGCGGUCACCGGCGCGAGACGCGGAUCUCGAGGAGGAGACAUCCCCUCUCCACGCCCGCCGCGUGAUCACGGCGUUCUUCGCAGGCUGGUGGGAGCGCUUCGUCUCGGCGCCACGAGGCGCGGCGAUCUAUCAUCCCCUCGCCACGGCGCUUCUGCAGGCCACAGUGGAAGCGCUGGGGCAUUGGGAUGGAUGGCACCUCACCGCCACAGGGCUGCGCACGAUGGUGAGGAUCCGCCUCACGGGGACGUUUGAGGGGAAGUACCCAGAGGAAGACUUCACGCGCCCUGGCGAGUGGGAUACGCACGUGGAUUGCGUGGUGAGGGAGGUUAUGAUGUUGUUUUUGGCGGGGGAUAGGGAGGAGAAUCUCACCCCACUGCAGAGGAGCGCGUUGACGUAUGAGCGUGAGCAUGAGGCGCUUUGGAGGAAGUGA